UGUGAGUUUGUGUUUUUGAUUUGUUCUUGGGACUUUGUAGUGAGAGUUUUUACUUAAGUGUUUUGGGCAUAUUUUUAUUUUUAGAAGAAACUUUUAUUAUAGGCUGUUGUACGUUGUAGUGUUUUUUUUUUUUCUAUGUCGGGUUAUGGUAAGUUCCUCGACGACUAGCCUGAGUGACAUUCGAGGAGCGGAACUUUGGAGAAGCUUUAAGCCGGGGACUCUGUGCCAGGCCUUGUGAUUCUUCGAUUUCUGCACUGUGACAGCUACCCACGCUUUUAAAUACCGGGGUACUGCUGACAGCACCCCAAAGUAUGGGCCUAGAACAUUAAACAGUGAUUAUAUUGUGGAGUUUCUGCAAAUAACGUUGACUGAAGGAACUGCCGGUUAACCGGGUGGCAGCUGUCAGGACUUCAAUAGAGUUGGACUUGGUUUGGAUAAGACUACUCUACCGGCCCUGGACUUGCCGAGUACCUCCCCUGACAGCCAGGGUUAGACAGUAGUUUCCCGGCGACUUACCCUACUGAAGCAGAACUAUGUUUUCGUGGCCAUAUGUAUAUAUUACCUGAGGGACUAGUAAUAGUUAACUUGUAGAGGCACCAGAAAAGACAAAAUUGCUGCUAAAUACUUGGUUCCUAUAAGUUUCCUGUUUGGACUUAACAUCUACAUAGUGUCACUCUGGAAUUCACAUCAUCCUUCAUAACUGGCACUAAAGUACACUGUUUACACCAGUCUGCGAGAUCACACAGUGAAAUCUGAAACUGUUUACUACUUAGAGGACCUUCAUCGUCUUGCAGGGUGACAGCAGAGUUGAAAUCGCACAGGCUGACUCAUAGGUAGAUCAGGAUGACCCGGGAUAUCGGAUUGGAUGAUGAACUCCCAGACUGGGUUGGAGCGAAGGAGUUCUACCUGAAGUAUGAUCCAAAGGAGGUCAUAGGAAGGGGAGUGAGCAGUGUGGUACGUCGCUGCAUUCACAAGCAGACUGGGAAGGAGUAUGCCGUGAAGGUUAUCGAGAUCACACCCGAGCGUAUGACUCCCCAACAACUAGAGGAGGUGCGGACUUCCACCAUGAAGGAAAUUGAUGUUCUGAAAAAAGUGUCAGGACACCCGUAUAUCAUUACUCUGAUUGAUUCAUACGAGUCCUCAAGUUUCAUCUUCCUUGUCUUUGAUCUCAUGAGACGAGGAGAACUGUUUGACUACCUCACCGAAAAAGUCACACUGAGUGAAAAGGAGGCAAGAUGCAUCAUGCGGGCAUUACUUGAAGCAGUUUACUUUCUCCAUUCUAACAACAUCAUCCACCGUGACUUGAAGCCUGAGAACAUCCUGUUGGACAGCGACAUGAACCUUAAGCUGUCUGACUUUGGUUUUUCUUGUCAACUGGGUCCAGAUGAAAAACUUAGAGAGUUGUGUGGUACCCCAGGCUACCUUGCUCCUGAAAUUCUCAAGUGUUCUAUGGAUGACCGACACCCUGGAUAUAGCAAGGAGGUAGACCUCUGGGCAUGUGGAGUGAUAAUGUACACAUUGUUAGCAGGCUCACCUCCAUUUUGGCACCGGAAGCAGAUGUUGAUGCUGCGUAUGAUUAUGGAGGGACGUUACCAGUUUGGCUCACCUGAGUGGGAUGAUAGAUCGGAUACUGUUAAAGACUUGAUUUCAAGGCUAUUAGAAGUUGAACCAUCUCGGAGAUUGACUGCGGAGCAGGCCCUUUCACACCCAUUCUUCCAGCGUUAUGAAAGGAAGGAAGAAAGAAAAUUCUGUCCAUAUCGGAAGUUUAGGGUUUGGAUUUGGACAGUCCUAGCAUCAAUCCGCAUUUACUACAACUAUCGUCGGGUGAAGCCGCUCACCAAGGAAGUGCUGAUGAGGGACCCUUACGCUAUCAAGGGUGUACGCAAGCUUAUUGAUGCUUGUGCUUUCAGAAUUUAUGGACAUUGGGUAAAGAAGGGAGAGCAGCAGAAUCGGGCAGCCCUGUUUGCCAACACCCCCAAAGCCGUCAUGGUGACCCUAUUGGCAGAGGAGGAGAGGUUUCACUAUGCCGAUGUUGGAGAACAUGAAUUUUCUGCAGAACAGGUGAUAGCUUACUAGUUGUGUAAAUGGGGUCACAUCACCUGCGAAGUCUGAAAGCUCACAGCAGCUGUUGCCUCCUUCAUAAGUGACUGCUUAGCUUUAGGCAGACAGCAUACUGAACUAGUGAAUUCUGUGGGCUCUUCAGAAACGUUUGCACACCUCCUUAGUAUGACUGCUGUUUGCCUUUGAACUGUUUACUUUUGGCUUUGUCCCUUUUAUCUUGUGAUAGUUUUAGUAUUGCUGACAAACCUGUAUCUUCCCAAAGCAGCUCUGUUUCGUCAUUUUGGAAGAUGUCAGUAGGAAGUGAUAAACAUUUAUGGUUGGAUAUUUAUCACUCCCAUCAUAGAGAUGACUGCUGAAUUCAUCACGCCUAGACAUGGAGAAACUUGUUCAUUGAUUAGCUGUAGAUGUAUUUGAGCUGUGUUGAUCACGCAGAGAUUGCACUACAUUUUUGUAAUCUGCUUUCCAAGUCUUCACGUGCAGAAACAAAGCUGUGUGGUGCUGCUGUCAGCGGUGUCACAUGAUAGCUCCACUUCGCUUCCACUGUUGAGCUGGCUGAUGUAUGUUGCAGGUUGAAUCCUCAAUAUUUUAAGCUUUCUGUGCUAGAAGCCGAGAUAUAGUUGAAGGAAAAUCUUACAUUUUAA